UAAUAUUUGCAGCAAAAACAAAACGCGCCGGACUGCGCUUCCUCGCCAGCAGCAGCAGCCGGGCUAGCUCAAUCGGUAGAGCGUGCGGCUCUUAUGUCAGUCACAACAGCGUGUGACCGCAAGGCUGCGGGUUCGAUCCCCGCGUUCGGCUCUUGGUUGGUUUUAUUUUUUUUAUGUUUUCUAAAAUAUAAAGAACGACCUCAUUUCAUUUCAGUUUUAUUUACUAUUUUAUAUUCUGUCUUUGGGUGAGGUAUAUAUAGCUUAUUCACAUCAACGGUCAAUUGCAUUGCUACGAUUCGAGAUUCUAGUUAAGGUAGUUUGUUGGUUUAACUGUCUAUCCCGAGGCCCUUGAAGGCUAGCUAGCCAGGCAUGAUGCCGCCUAGAACUAAGUAAGCUGGGAUGCCGAAGACCUUGAUGUGGGGUAAGGAAGAGCGACAAGACUAUUUAUUUAUUAUCUUCAUAACUAAGUUAAUCCUUACAAACCUGAUCAAUCAAUGCCUGUAGAAAGAACUACACCAGCCAUUUCCAGAAAAAUAACCACUCACCAAAAAAUAAAUACAAACAAAUGGACCCCCAAGAACCCCCUGUCUUCCUCCCCUCCGCCCCUCCACAACCUCUCCGCCAGAAUGUGACUCUCCAGCCCCCGCUAUCGCGCCGUGGGCAUGGGCCGGGACUCUUCCUGUUGCUUCCAAGUAAUAUAGCCCUGGAUAAAACCACGGAAACGCUGGAUCCCCCACCUCCCCAGAAAUGGGCGGAGGAAGGGUAUGCGGUCGUGGAGGUGCGGGUGCCAAUGACGGUGCCAGCGGACGCGGAUGCAGAUACAUCUGGAUUUUCUGCUCUUGGUUCUAUACAGCUGGGUCUGGAGGCGUUGAAGGGGUUGGCGGAGUGUGAUGUUAAGGAUAGGUUUGGGGUAAUUGUAUACGACGCGAACAUCAUCAGCAAUGAAGAUAUCGCUGCGUUCUCAACUAUCCCAGAAAUCGCCGGGAUAGUCGCGUAUGGCGCGGAUGUUGUUACGAGUUUGACCCAAGCGGCAAAACCACUAUUACUCCAUCUUCCCGGCAAAGACAGAGGCACCACGACUACCACCACCACCACCGCCACACAGAAAGAUAAUCUAGUAGCCAUCCACAAAUACCCAGAUGCAAAAUCCCCCAACUUCGUCAUCCCCCAGCACGCUGACUUCAUCCCCUCAGCAGCGGCGGUAGCCCACACGCGGACCCUGUCGUUCUUAAAGAGCAAGCUUGGCGGCCCGCUCUUCGACCUCGAAGCGAUCUGGGAUGAGCACACGUACUUUGAAUUCGGCGACCGGUCUGUCGCUAAAACGAUGGCGACGAUGGUUCAGGAGCCGUAUGUUAAUCAUGUUCCGACAAUGACAGGCGGUAUCGGCCGCGACCGCCUCACCACCUUCUACCGCCACCACUUCAUCUUCAAUAACCCAGACGACACCCACCUCGAACUGAUCAGCCGCACCGUCGGUAUCGACCGCGUCGUCGACGAGUUCAUCUUCAGCUUCACGCAUGACAAGAUGAUCGAUUGGCUCAUCCCCGCCAUCCCCCCAACACACAAACCCGUCCGCCUCCCCAUGGUCUCCAUCGUCAACGUGCGCGGCGACCGCCUCUACCACGAGCACAUCUGGUGGGACCAAGCCGGGCUUCUGCGCCAACUAGGCCUGCUGCCGGAGUACCUACCAUUCCCGUAUCCGUUGGCGGAUGACCGGGCGGCGCCCGGGAAAGGUAAGGUGCUUGAAUACAAGGUUCCCGUGGCUGGGGUGGAAGCGGCGGAGAAGUUGAGGGAGGAGGGGAGUGUGGAGUCGAAUGGGAUGAUUGGUGGCGUUGGGGUGAGGGAGGUAAGUUAGGUCGUGAUAGGUGCUAUGUGCGGGGGGGGCCCCUUUUUACUCUUGGUUUUCUGGGGACUCUUCGUGGUUGGGUUGGGGUAGAAAGUAGAGAAACGAUCCACUACGAAGAAUUAUUGCUUAAUAUGUGGCUGUGACCAAUUCGCAGCCUGCCGCCUGCGUAGCUCCUUGACUAGAUAAAGUGACCAAACUGUCAAUCUGAUGCAUUGAAAUUAAUGGUAGCAUCUGUAAAGUUACUGUUGGCUCAAAACUCCCCAUGUUCAGUGCAGUAUCGGGAGAAUGAUGGCCCAGAAACACAAAUCAAAUAUUAGACUGGGCAAAUACAGGAGAAGAAACAUUCCCCGCGUGUGGAGAAUGCACAAUGCGUACGCUGUGGACUAGAAGAUCUGCCACACAAUACCUCGAUGGGUUGGUCAUGUUCAGUACAG